UGUGACAGUUACGGUUUUGAAUUUGUUUGUGAAAAAUAGAUGGAUUACUUUUACGGAGCCCCCCGACGCCCCCCUGCCCCACCAACGAUAAACAGAAUCGAUCGAGUACCAAUCGUGCCUGAAGUUUCAAUAAUAGAGAACUCGUUUUUGUCCUUAAACCCCCCUGUAAGGCACCAAAAUACUGACAAGUCUCAACUGAGAGAAUCAUUCUCUUGCAAUAACUCGAAAAAACAUGUCCGUUUUCAAAGCCCGUUUUUCCCUACUUGUGAUAAAGAAAAUCAGCUUCCGCAACCACAAACCCUGAAAGCGGUGCCUGAUUUAAAUGGAAAGACCUUCAAGCAGAUUUACAUGGCAAACGUGCCUGAUAGACACUUGGAUUUGAGUCUAUUCGAACCUUCAGUGUGCGAAAAACAGCCCCAAGAGCCCCAACUGCCACAGCCUGAAGCAAGUUUCACAAAUUAUGCCGAGUUUAGGCAAAGACAGUCACAAAUGUGCAAUAAAAAUAAUGAAAUUGCAAGAUUAAAAAGUAUAGAAAAUGUUGACUUAAGACACUUUGAAUGCCCAAAACCGGCCCCUAGACAGGUGGAAAUUUGUACGCAGACUGAGCCCCGUUGCACCGAAAUAACCCCCACAAGCGACGAACCCACAAUCCGGGACUUGUACAAGAUCAUCCAGCAACAAAACGAACAAAUUAUGUUACUCCAACGCCAAGUAAACAACCUGAAAACAAGUAUAAGACAGCCCGAAAUCGACUCGGGGCCCCAUGAGGAUCUAAAUAACAGCCCCAAAAAAAGUAUUUUUUCUUUUGACGUCAAAGCAACAAGUUUUGAGUUUUCAUUCCGCCCUCAACACAACAAAUUCCGAAAACAAAACGAUUUCCUUGAGCCAAGAAUUCAGGAAAUUGUCGAAAAUAGUGCCGAAAAUGCGAAUUCAUUGCGUCUUGAGGAGUCUCUAAAUGUGGGAAACAGCUACGUUAGUGACGUCCCAAGUAUUCAAAUUAAAAUGGACGACUAUCGCAGUUCGGAUGAUGAAGAAGAGUCUCAGGGUAAUAAUGUUGGGCUUACGUUUUAUAAAGACUUAAUGGAUCAGGUCCAUAAUGUUCUGAAAAAAGUCCAAAAACAGUCAGAGUGUCAAAAUCGGAGACAUGAUUUGGCUGGCCAAACCAUGAAGGCUGUAAAACAAGCAACGUUACAACAUUUGAAAGACAUUGGGGUGAAUUUAUCACCAAUACAAGAGUCCAGUGAGGUCACAAGAGAGAGCGACUUGGACGAGAAUUGUGACCAAACUGAUGUCAGUUGUGCCGUCCAACAACUCCUAAUGAAAUAUUUACCUGAGGAUAAGUUGGCAAAAGCAAUAAAUAAGCCACUUCCCACCAAAGAAAAACACUUUAAGCCGCCCCUGAACACUGAUUUUUCAUUUGCAACACUUCAAUAUAUGAAAAAGUAUAACUUGAUUGAUGGAAACACUAAAAAGGGACAAAAAGUCGGGAAAAAUUUGUCGGAGACAACUAAUCCUAAGAUUUUGGAUGUGACAGCACUGAAACUGCAACCUAAACUUUUGUAAUUAUUUUUUAUUAAAACGUAACGUUUAUGUACAAAUAAAUACUAAUUAGA